AAGCUUAUAAAAGAUGAUGCUACAAAUACGAAUAAGGUUUUGAUAUAAAUUUAUUUCUUCCUUUCCCAUUAUAUGUACACGAGUAGAGGAAUUGAUAUAGGAACUGUUUGCAAUUUCUUUCUCUCUUUCUUCUCUCCCUCUCAAUCUUCUUCCAACUUUUUAUUGGACAAAAGGAAGACCGUUUCAGUUGCACUAUUGCACUGAUCUCUCUCUCUCUCUCUCUGUGGCUUGGUUUGUCUCUGUGUGUGUGUUUAUGUGUGUGCGUCCAACAUGAUUCCAACUUAUCACCAUUCAGUAUCUUCUGUUAUGCCUCUGGAUCUUAAUGAUGAUCAAAACCAUGACCUCUUCAGUCCAAAUCAUCACGCUUCCCCUUCAUUUUCUUCUCUAUCAUCAUACCCUAUACUCUUCAACCCACCUGUUCAAGAUCAAGAAGGAUCAUACUACCGGGAACCAACAAAGCCACACUUACCAAGUGAUGAAGAGGCAGAGAAGAUUAUUCCUUCUAGCGGAUCAUGGGAUCAUAAUUCAGCGGCAGAAAGUGAGCACAAGAUGACAGUUUGGAAGAAAGAAGAGAGGGAUGAAAAUUUUGAAGCAGCUUCUGAGGAUGGUUCGGUGAAGUGGAUGUCUUCAAAGAUGAGAAUGAUGCGGAAGAUGAUGGUGUCGGAUCAAACUGACGCAUAUGUAGCAGGCAAGUCUACGCACAAGUGUGAAGAUAAAAAACAAACAUUAUCACCGCUUGGAACUCAUAAUAGCAACAACAAUUAUUCAAACCACAGUACUAAUAACACUGUUAGGGUUUGCUCUGAUUGCCACACUACUAAGACUCCUCUCUGGAGGAGUGGACCAAAAGGCCCCAAGUCACUUUGCAACGCAUGUGGGAUUAGACAAAGGAAGGCCAGACGUGCCAUGGCAGCAGCAUCGGCAAAUGGAACAAUUCUUGUGAAAUCUGAGACAUCUCUGAAAGGAAAGAAGUUGCUGAAAAAAGAGAAGAAAUCUAGAAUUGAGUGUGCUCCACCACAGAUGAAAAAGAAGCGCAAGCUUGGAGCCAAGCCAUCCCAAAGUAGAAACAAGUUUGGUUUUGAGGAUUUGACGUUGCGCUUAAGUAAGAAGUUGGCUAUGCAUCAAGUUUUCCCUCAGGACGAGAAGGAGGCUGCGAUCUUGCUCAUGGCUUUAUCUUAUGGCCUUGUUCAUGGAUGAAUAUGCUAGCUAGCUAGAGCUACACCGAUUUUCUUUCAUCUUUAAUUAGGUUUUUUGUUUUUUUGUUUUUAUGUUUCUAUCUUCUUGUUUUGAUUAGAUCAUUAAUGUGUGAGAUCAAUGGUUUGCGUUCGAGAAGAGUAUUGUUGUGGAUGAUUUUGUGUACCCAGAAUAACUUAUGUUUGAUUUGAACAAGUAGAUGCCCGAAAAGCGUACUGGCCCUCCUUGUUCAUGGAUUUCCUAUUAUCUUUGCACGUUCAAUUAGUUUUUCAAGGGUUUUACGGU